AUGCGGCUCAUACAGGGCGCACUGGACGCGGGGGCGCGCCUGUCAGAGAUAUACAUAGACACCGUCGGCGACCCCGAGCGCUACAAGGCGCGCCUGUCGCGCACUUUCCCGGGGAUCUCCUUCACGGUCUGCCCCAAGGCCGACGCCCUGUACCCCGUGGUGCGCACCAGCAUGACUCAUGGCUGCUGGUCCGCCACCCUGAUGGAUGAGCCAUUACCUUGA